GGGAUAUGGUUGAACCGUUCCUUUCUCAAGGAUAGAAACCUAGUGAAGCUACCCAGAAGCUUCCUUUGUCUGUGUUUAUGCUGACUAGUACUUCACACCAAAUGCAGCAAGCAGCAGAAGGCCAGCAGCACCAUCGGUGUCCUCACCGUGAAACUGCAGAACAGAUCAUCACCAGCAAUCUCUUAAUAAAAAGAUCAUCACCAGGAAUCAGCACUGCCAAGCUUUUCCGUGCAGUGCUUGUUCCAGAGUCCCGUCCACCACUCCGGCCACCUCGUGCUCCUUGUCAACACUGGCUCCAGCAACUCUGCUCCCAGCGCCCUUGAUUUUUUUUACUUGGUGUAACUUCAUCCCGCAAAACCAUGUUUUCUUCAUUCCGUUGUUGUCCUUAUCAGUAACUUGCCUUCUGCAGAAGCACCUCGUCCAUACAUAAAAAAGAAAACAGCUUCCAUUGUCCAUCCAUUCAUCUUUCUUUUCCUGUUUAAUCUUUCUCUUCGCCACCAGACCCUUGCACCCUGCAUCUUCAACUUAUUCAUUUCACUCCUACGACAAAAAAAAAGAAAGAAAAAAUAGAAAACCCCAAAAAAGGAAGGAAAAAAGAUAUUAAUUGUACUCUUUGCUUGUUUCCCAUCAUUUACAUUUCCAAGAAAAACACAAUCAUUUCGUGCCAUUGCCAAUCAAUUGUCCUCUUCUUUUCACCUGGAAAUAUUCAUCCAAGAUCUCUCCAGUCCACACCCACAAAGGAGAAGCACAAACCACUCCAAUUCCAUGGCAGACUUGGCACUCGCUGGGUUAAGGUGGGCAGCAUCGCCCAUUUUCAACAAGCUUCUUAACGAAGCUUCAGCUUACCUCAGUGUGGACAUGGUGCGUGAGCUCCAAAAACUAGAAGCCACCGUCCUGCCACAAUUUGAUCUGGUGAUUCAAGCAGCAGAGAAGAGCCCCCAUAAGGGCAAGCUCGAGGCAUGGCUUCGGCGGCUCAAAGAAGCCUUUUAUGAUGCUGAGGACCUGCUGGACGAGCAUGAGUACAAUCUCCUCAAGCGCAAGGCCAAGAGCGGAAAAGAUCCCCUGCUAGGAGAGGAUGAAACCUCCUCCAUUGCAUCAACAAUCAUGAAGCCUUUUCAUACUGCUAAGAGCAAGGCACGCAACUUGCUCCCUGAGAAUAGAAGGCUAAUUAGCAAGAUGAAUGAGAUCAAAGCUAUCCUAACAGAAGCCAAGGAGCUUCGGGAUCUUCUUAGCAUAGCACCUGGAAAUACUACAGGUUUAGGGUGGCCAGCUGUACCAGCAACCAUUGUUCCUCCAACCACAGUGACAUCACUUUCCACAUCAAAGGUUUUCGGUCGUGACAAGGAUCGCGAUCGUAUAUUAGAUUUUCUUCUUGGCAAGACAGCAGCUGACGAGGCAAGUUCGACUAGGUACUCCAGUUUGGCCAUUAUUGGUGCGGGCGGAAUGGGGAAGUCCACCUUAGUGCAGUAUGUCUACAAUGACAAGAGGAUAGAAGAAGGCUUUGAUAUCAGGAUGUGGGUCUGCAUCUCACGCAAGCUUGAUGUCCGUCGUCACACAAGGGAGAUUAUUGAGUCUGCAACAAAUGGGGAGUGCCCAUGUAUUGAUAAUCUUGAUACUCUCCAGUGCAAAUUACGUGACAUACUGCAGAAGUCACAGAAAUUCCUACUUGUCUUGGAUGAUGUUUGGUUCGAAAAAUCAGACAGCGAGACAGAGUGGUUUCAGCUCCUGGAUCCAUUUGUCUCUAAACAGAUGGGAAGCAAAGUUUUGGUGACUUCUCGGCGUGAAACACUUCCGGCCGCUGUUUUCUGUGAUCAACAACAAGUUGUUCAUUUGGAAAAAAUGGAUGAUGCCAAUUUCUUGGCACUCUUCAAACACCAUGCUUUCUCUGGAGCAAAAAUUGGAGAUCAACUUUUGCACAAUAAGCUGGAACAUACUGCAGUGGAGAUUGCUAAAAGGCUUGGACAAUGUCCUUUGGCAGCAAAAGUUCUUGGUUCCCGGUUGAGCACAAAAAAAGAUACUGCUGAAUGGAAAGGUGCUCUAAAGCUCAGAGAUUUAAGUGAGCCCUUCACAGUUCUCUUGUGGAGUUACAAGAAGUUAGAUCCACGUCUGCAGAGGUGCUUCUUGUAUUGCAGCUUAUUCCCAAAAGGUCAUAAAUAUAAACCUGAUGAGUUGGUUCACCUUUGGGUGGCAGAAGGGCUUGUUGGUUCAUGUAAUUUGAGUAGCAUGACAAUAGAAGAUGUCGGGAGGGAUUAUUUCAAUGAGAUGCUCUCUGGGUCUUUCUUUCAAUUGGUUUCUGAAACAGAGUAUUAUUCAUACUAUAUCAUGCACGACAUCCUUCAUGAUUUGGCACAGUCACUCUCUGUAGAAGACUGCUUCAGAUUAGAAGAGGAUAAUAUCAGAGAAGUACCAUGCACUGUUCGACAUCUCUCUCUUCAGGUUGAGAGUUUGCAAAAGCAUAAGCAAAUUAUCUACAAGCUACAGAAUUUACGCACUAUCAUCUGCAUUGAUCCACUAAUGGAUGAUGCAAGCGAUAUUUUUGAUCAGAUGCUGCGGAACCAGAAGAAGUUACGUGUAUUGUAUUUGUCAUUUUACAACAGUAGUAAGUUGCCUGAAUCUAUUGGUAGGCUGAAGCACCUUCGGUAUUUGAACCUUAUCAGAACGUUAAUUUCUGAAUUGCCUAGAUCAUUAUGUACUCUUUACCACUUGCAGUUACUUCAGUUAAGCCUAACGGUGGAGAGGUUGCCUGACAAGCUUUGCAACUUAAGUAAGUUGCGACAUAUGGGGGCGUACAAGGAGUACCCACAUGCCUUGAUGGAAAAAUCUAUUCAUCAAAUUCCCAAUAUAGGCAAGCUAAUUUCGCUACAACACAUGCAUACCUUUUCUGUGCAAAAGAAGCAAGGAUACGAGUUGUGGCAGCUGAAGGACUUGAAUGAGCUUGGUGGCAGUUUAAAAGUAGAAAAUCUUGAGAAUGUUUCAGAAAAAGAAGAAGCCUUAGAGUCCAUGCUCUAUAAGAAGAAUCGCCUUAAAAAGUUGCGGCUUGCCUGGAGUAGCGAGAAGGGAAUGGAUGCAGUGGAUACUUUACAUCUGGAUGUUCUAGAAGGUCUGAGACCGUCACCCCAACUUAGUGGCCUCACAAUCAAAGGCUACAAAUCUGGCACAUAUCCAAGGUGGUUACUUGAGCCAUCCUAUUUUGAAAAUUUGGAAUGUUUAAAGCUUAAUUGCUGCACUUUGUUAGAAGGCCUACCACCUAAUACUGAGCUCCUACGGCAUUGCACUAGGCUGUGUCUAAAAAAUGUUCCAAAAUUGAAGAUUUUAUCUUGUCUUCCAGCAAUGCUUACAAAAUUGUCAAUUGAGACGUGCCCACUGCUUAUGUUUGUCUCCAAAAAUGAGCUCGACCAGCAUGAUUUGAGGGAAAAUAUAAUGAAGACAGAGGACCUGGCAUCUAAACUUGCAUCAAUGUGGGAGGUCAAUUCAGGAUCAAAUAUUAGGGAAGUACUUGCAGAGGACUAUUCAUCCCUGAAGCAGUUGACAACGCAGAUGGGUGAUGAUAUAUCACAACAUCUUCAAAUUAUUGAAAGUGGCCUAGAGGAAGGAGGAGAUAUAAUAUUGGAGAAAGAAAAUAUGAUCAAGGCAUGGCUUUUUUGCCAUGAGCAGAGGAUAACAGUCAUUUAUGGAAGGACCAUGGAGCUGCCACUGGUUCUACCAUCAGGAAUACGUGAACUUUAUCUUUCUUCAUGCAGUAUUACAGAUGAAGCUUUAGCUAUUUGCCUUGGUGGCCUCACUUCAUUGACAACGUUAAUGCUGGAAUAUAAUAUGGCAUUAACUGCACUUCCUUCAGAAGAGGUGUUUGAGCAUUUGACAAAGCUUGACUUGUUGGCUGUAAGAGGUUGUUGGUGUCUCAGAUCACUGGGGGGCUCACAUGCUGCUCCAUCUCUUUCCAGACUUUAUUGUAUUGAUUGCCCUUCUUUAGAUCUGGCAGGUGCAGCAGAAUCUAUGUCAUUCAACCUUGCUGGAGACCUCUACAUAUGUGGCUGCAUUCUGGCAGCCGAUUCGUUCAUUAAUGGCUUGCCACACCUGAAAUCUCUUUCCAUUGCAUGUUGCAGAAGCUUCCCGUCCUUAUCGAUUGGCCACCUGACCUCCCUUGAAUCAUUAUCUCUACUUCGUCUCCCCGAUCUGUGCUCUCUUGAAGGCUUGUCUUCCUGGCAACUUGAUAGCCUAAGUUUGAUAGAUGUUCCAAACCUCACUGCCAAGUGCAUCUCACAGUUUCGUGUCCAGAAAUGGCUCAGCGUUAGUAGUUUCGUACUGCUCAACCAGAUGCUCAAGGCUGAAGGGUUUAUAGUCCCACCAAAUCUUGGUCUUCAUGUUUGCAAGGAGCCGUCAGCUUCAUUUGGAGAAUGUGCAAAUCUCUUAUCUGUCAAGCACCUGGACAUUUGGGAUUGCAAAAUGGAGUCCCUGCCAGGAAAUCUAAAAUUUCUCUCCAGUCUGGAGAGUCUUGAUAUCGGCAUUUGCCCCAACAUAACAUCUUUACCAGUUCUGCCAUCCUCCCUCCAGCGCAUAACUAUAUAUGGUUGUGACGACUUGAAGAAGAACUGCCGAGAGCCUGAUGGAGAAAGCUGGCCACAGAUUUCACACAUCCGCUGGAAGCACUUCUAUGAAUGAUCUUCAACGAAAUGAGGAGGCACCUCGACCUCAAGGUCACCCUGGCACAAGCACAACACGACACUGACUCGCCACCCAGUUCAAGUCAGAAGCCAAUCCGUUGCAGAUGCUGUCCCCUCGGUUCUCUGUUUGGUGACUGUGCACAGUCCACAGUUGGGACUUGCGAGGCAGGUGGAAAAUAUUCCAAAAUUGUCAAAAUUGAAAAUUGCCAAUCCGUUGCAGAUUUCACACAUCCGCUAGAAAAUGUUCCAAAAUUGAAAAUAUUACCUUGUCUUCCAGCAAUGCUUACAAAAUUGUCAA